ACAAAUUGCAAUCAUCAAAUUUUGGAAAGGCCAGAAAACCACAUCUGGUUUUUCCAGAAAAUGAUGAUGCAUUGUUUUUCAGGCUGUGUCUCGAAUGGAUCGAGGCUUCAUAAAAGAUCCUUGAGGAAGAGCUUUCAAGAAUUUAAGAAGCAGAAUAAAAGGCACACCUCUUUUGCAAGUCUAUCAACCAGAAGUGAUCGAAGCAAGAUAAGGUAUAUAUCAAAUGAAAUAGAGAAGUUUGGAAAAGGCAACAUUGUUGCUCAAGUAUUCACCUACACAGAGAUAUGUGCUGCCACUGAAAACUUUAGUCAUAGCAAUUUGAUAGGCGAAGGCGGUUUUGGGAAGGUCUACAAAGGCUACCUUGAAUCCAAACACAUGGAGGUGGCAGUGAAACAACUAGACAGAAAUGGUUUCCAAGGAAACAAAGAAUUUCUAAUAGAGGUGCUGGUGUUGAGUCAUCUUCAUCAUCCUAAUCUUGUAAAUUUGAUUGGAUAUUGUGCUGAAGGGGAUCACAGAGAUUUAGUUUAUCAAUACAUGCCUUAUGGCUCCUUGGAAGAUCAUCUCCUAUGUCCGAGUCUAGGAAAGAAGCCUCUAGACUGGAAUACAAGGAUAAAGAUUGCUCAAGGAGCAGCGAGGGGGCUCGAGUACUUGCAUGAGCAAGCGGAUCCUCCGGUCAUAUACCGUGAUUUCAAGGCGUCCAAUAUACUCCUAGACGCUAGCUUCAACCCUAGACUUUCGGAUUUUGGGCUUGCCAAGGUGGGGCCCCUUGGCGACAAGAAUCAUGUCACGACUAGAGUUAUGGGUACCUACGGCUAUUGUGCGCCUGAGUAUGCCCAGACAGGGAGGCUAACCACAAAAUCAGACGUUUAUAGCUUUGGAGUUGUGUUCUUGGAACUCAUCACGGGUCGGAGGGUGAUUGAUUAUGCACGGCCAACCGACGAGCAGAACCUGCUCGCCUGGGCGGAACCGUUGUUCAAGGACAAAAAGAAGUUUCAUUUGAUGGCGGAUCCAUUGCUUCUGGGUAACUAUCCUGAGAAAGGCCUUUACCAAGCUCUUGCUGUGGCGGCAAUGUGCCUUAGUGAAGAAGCUAGCAAUAGGCCUAUAAUGAGUGAUGUGGUUAAUGCUUUGGAAUAUAUGUGUGCACACGAAAUCCAAGAAGAAGAUCGCACUCACGACCAUGAUGAUGAUAACUAUAACGAUGAUGAAGACGACGAAGACGACGAAGACGACGGAGAGGGUGUCGAUAACGAGGAAUAGGGAUGUUUAUCGCUCCAACUUCAUGGUUGAACUUAAAAAAUCGAACUAACCUUACUUUUCUCAACAGAUUAAUAUUUGCCAUUGAGGUGGAUUAUCAUAUUAAUUAUGAAAAAUAUAACAAUAUCAUAUGAAUAAUUAAUGUCCUUGGUUAGGACAAUUUUUUUGAAAAAGGUUUUGUAGUGACAUAAUCUUGCAAUUUUCUAUUAUUGAAUUAAGAU